CUUCUCAUCUUCCCCACCAAUCCAUCGCCCCGUCCACCGUCGUCAGGGAUCGCCUCAGUUCGAAGUGUCGUUUUCGCCUCCGCCCGAUUCCUCUCCGAUCGGUACAGCACGUAAUCUUGCAUGGGAUUCGGGAAGGGGUUGGAAGGGAAGAUGGAGUUUGAUCUAAAUGUUGUCUCUGCCGACGAGUCCCACACUCCGCUGCCUAAUGCAUUUGAAUCUUCGAGCAACGUAUCCUCCGCCUGCGACGAGGAUUCCCACUCAGCCAACGAGGGUAGCUGCCGUUUCGACGUUCUUGCGAGCCGCCUAAAACAGACGGUCGCUGAUGUUGACGACGACGAAGACGAAAAUGAGGUGGUGGAGGUUGGUUGUUUAUCUCUGGAGACGAGCAAGGUGACUCGGCAGCUUUUCCCCCUAUCUUCGGCCCAGCACCUUCACGAACCCGCAGCCAUUUCGUCGACCUUGCGCCGGGGCGAACUUGGCUUUGGUAAGGAUAAGGAGAAGGUGGGUCCCGGGGCUACGGUGGAGGUGGAGAUGAACGCAUUGAUGCUGAGGCAGCAACAACUGGAGAAGAAGAGCAGACGAGGACCGAGGUCCCGCAGUUCGCAGUAUCGCGGAGUUACCUUCUACAGGAGGACUGGGAGAUGGGAAUCCCACAUAUGGGAUUGCGGCAAGCAGGUCUAUUUGGGAGGCUUCGAUACUGCUCAUGCUGCAGCAAGAGCAUACGAUCGUGCAGCAAUCAAGUUCCGCGGGAUUGAUGCUGACAUCAACUUUACUCUCAGUGAUUAUGAUGAGGAUUUGAAGCAGAUGAGGAACCUUUCCAAGGAAGAGUUUGUGCAUAUUCUUCGUAGGCAAAGCACUGGAUUUGCAAGGGGAAGUUCCAAAUACAGAGGGGUGACACUUCACAAGUGUGGCCGUUGGGAGGCUCGCAUGGGGCAGUUCCUUGGAAAAAAGUAUAUUUAUCUCGGUUUAUUUGAUAGUGAAAUUGAAGCUGCAAGAGCAUAUGACAAGGCUGCUAUCAGAUGCAAUGGAAGAGAAGCUAUCACCAAUUUCGAGCCAAGCCUAUAUGAGGGGGAGUUGCUCCUUGAGACUGAGAAUGAAGAUGCAAUGGAAGAUGUUGAUUUAAGUUUGAGAAUUUCUCAACCUAAUAUCCAUAGCCCAAAGAGGUGCGGUAACACUAGAACCAAUAUCAGUUGUGGCUCAAUGGAUUCUGCAAAUGCUCAGACUCAAAACCCCAUUCAACUUGCUACUGAUCCUCGUUUGGCUAUGGCAUCUCAGCACCCUCAUUCUUGGAAUUAUUACCUGGGCUUCUCUCCUUCCACUGAGGAAAGGAGCACACAGAGGUCUAUGGUAGGUUCCCAAAUGCUCCCCAACUGGACAUGGCACAUCCGUGGCCGGCCUAUAUUGCCAUUAGGCUUUUCUGCAGCAUCAUCAGGAUUCUCUACUGCCACUGUUGCGGCUGCCUAUCCGUCGCUGCCGCCUGUGCAACCACUUCCAAACUCCGGUCGGCUCCAUUUCCUUCCAUCAGCAACCACUACUAGUUACUACUGCAGAAAUUAAUUACCCAUCCGAUGAUGAAUAUCAAAGGUUGCCGUUUACCAUUUGCGAGCUUUGGCACUGUGUUCUUGGUGUGGGUAGUACUUGAAUUGUAUGAUAUUGCACUCUAGCUGGUUAGCUCAAGCAAAGAGCUGCCUUAAUAUGCCAAGUAGACAUUGGAGUGGGCUCUCCUUUUAUAUUCCAAUGUAGUAAAAUAGUAUGCUUUGAACCUGCUAUGGCUAUCCCUUCAA